CCAAGCCACCGCUCCAUAUGUUAUGAUCGGUCUUACAAUCAUGGUGUACAACCAUCUGACAAUCCUUGGGUUGCAGCCCCAUGAUUUCCCAACAAGUCGAUUGCACACCAUGAGCGCUUUCGUAGUUUUGGCUAAGGUCAGGUCAACAUGCUGCUUUCACCGUAGAGUGGAAUCCAGCGUGAGGCCUAGGUACUUAACCGUGCUAGCCAUCUGCAGCUCCCUGCCGCCUACGGAUAGGUUUCUGAGGCGUGGCAGUAACAUGCGCCUGGUAAACGGUAUGAUUGUAGUUUUAGAGGGGUUGAUGCUUAAGUCAACCCCACUACACCGCCCCUUUGCUAGCCCCACUCCCCUUUGUACAAUAUCGCAGUCUACGAACUUACAAUAUUAUCCAAAUAUCCCUGACAGCGGAUUCCAUUGCUAGUUAGCAGCUCCAGGAGAUCGCCCACAACUAGGCUUCAAAGUAGGGGGGAUAGCACUCCACCCUGUGGACAGCUCCUUGUUGUGCCAAGACGAAUUCUGGUAUCGCUUACUGUGGUUUCCGCUAUCCUGGUGCGCAGUACGGCUUUAAUCCAUCUGAGUACCGGUGCUGCCACAUUCCUUUUCUCUAGUGCUCUUGACACGCUUUCGUGAGAUGUAUUGUCAAAAGCCCCUUCGAUGUCUAGGAAGGCGCAUAAGAACAUCUCACCCCCUCUCACCGAACUUCGGAUCUCUGAGGUUAGCUGAUACAGAGCAGUAUUGGUUGACCGGCCUGCUCUGUAAGCAUGUUGCUUUGCAUGUAGCGUUGCAGUCCUCAGUACCUUCGAUCUUAUAUCAUGAUCAAUGAUCUUUUCCAUACUCUUAAGUAGGAAGGAAGUUAGACUAAUUGGCCUGAAGGAUUUUGCCAACGAGUAGUCUUUCCUUUCUACCAGACGAACAAGGUGGGGCAGUAGGACCUGCUACCCCUGUUGCAGAAAUGCUGGAAGGAUGCCAUCCGCACCCGGGGACUUAUAUUUUUCGAAGGAGGCUACAGCCCACUUGAUAGAGUCCGCUGUGAAGAGCUGUUUUGCGACUGUCCAAUCUAAGCGUGAUGGCUUUCGUUCGACCAUAGGUCGAUUUUGGUCCUCUCGAAUUGCCUCCGGGAAGUGCGCUAGUAGAACAGCCGUGGCUUAUCCUCUGCGCCAGACGUAUAGGUCCCAUCCGAUCGUUUAACUGCUAGUACUGUGUCCGUCUUGCCUCUGGCCAGAGCCUUAUGCAGCCUUGCAGCUUCUGGCGUCGAGAAGACGCUUUCACAGAACUUUCUGAAGCUCUUUUGUUUUGCUGACCGAAUAUCCUUGUUGUAAGCAGUUAGGCUGUACUUGUAAUUCUCCCAGUUUCCGGUACGCUUGGCUUUGUUAAAUAGCUAACGUACCGUUUUUCGUAGUUCUGAAAGCCUACUUGACCACCAGGAACAACCUCGGUUCUUGGUGGUCGUCUUUAGAGGGCAGCUGCCGUUAUGUGCCUCUAUAAUGGACUGGUUUAGCGCAGACAAUCUGCUCUCCAUUCUAGAAGCAGUGGCACUGCCGUCCAGCUGCCCCCUCCCAUUUACAUUUAUUUCAAGCGUAUCCCUAAAAGUGGCCCAGUCCGUGUUUCUGGGGAUACGCCUGGGAGGGAGUUGUUUGACCUCUAUCCCUAGUUUAAAUCUUAUGAUACGAUGAUCUGACAUGGAGGGUUCUGAUGACACCCUCCAUUGCCCGAUCAGCCCCGACGUAAGUUCGUUACCAAGAGUGAUGUCAAGCACCUACCUUGGCGUCGCAUCCUAGAACGAGGGGCAUGUUAUUCCUCCUGCAGUCAUCCACCAGUUUACUGACAGCCUCUGGAGUGCUAUCUGUGCGUCCCCCGGAAAGUAGGCCGCUGCCAGGACGAAGUCUGCUCCUUCGUUGCUUUUAUCCUGCACAGGGACCAGGUCUUGUGUUAAGAACUCCGAAAAGCAAAGUAAAUCAAUAUCGUUCCUGACUACUAUACAGGUUCUAGGUUUCUCACUAUAUAGAUCCCAGAUUACCUUAUUUGACUCCAUUUUGAGGCCUCUACCUCUUCUUUGUAUAUCCAGGGCUCCUGGAUCAGUAGUAUACCCAGACCAUCCGCUGUGAACCUGCUCACGAUGACAGCCGAAGCCGACGCCGCGUGGUGCAGGUUCACCUGGGCAACUUCCGUAUGUGGACCCACUACAGGAUCGGAUCUACGAGGGGCUGGUCCUCAUCUUCGCCGCCCACCGCGUUGCCACCCGCUAGGUCCUUGAGUCCCUCGAGAAGCUCUUGCAUGGAGGAAAGCACCCCCUCCCCUUGUUCGCUAGCCUUCUCAGUGGAGACCUUCACCGUGGUCUCGGCAGUUGCCUCCUGCUCCGACGAUUUCGGUGGUCGUCUUUGGUUUGUACGGCCUCAUGAGAACCGAGCUGAGUCUAUAGUUCAGGCGGAAGCUUUGCCUCCUGACUAAUGUGUAGGACUCAUCAUCUAUGCAGAUUGAGACUCCACCCGGAAUCCUCGACAUUGCUAGUGACUACUCGCCAGGCCGAUAUACUAAGCCCCUCGUUCUGAUUUUCAAUCAGAGCGAGAGCAAACUCGUCCGGCUUGCCUGCGCACCUGGGAAGGGACACCGUCAUGCUAUGCAUGGGCGGUAUGUCGUCUCCCUUCUUUGCACAGAGGACGGGGCCAUUCCAGCCUGCCAGCUUGGGAGCGAUCUCCCUCAGCCAGCUUGCUGACUUCUCGUCCUUGCAGGCAACCUGCAGCAUGCCUCCCUUGAAAUAUACAUUAUGGAACUAGGCUUUGUAUCCAGACCCUCUGAAUACCUCCUCCAUGAGUAGGUCUUGGAGCACGGUGAGCUCCUCCGACCCCAGCGUCGCCGCCGGGUAGUUCAGAGGCAGCACAGCUAUACAAAUGCCUUUAAGGGCAUCCGCAUAUCUGCGCAGUCCGUUUACCGCUCGGGGAGGGUUCGGGGCGGAGUGGUUGCCUCCGGUCAGCUGCGCAUUGUUGCCUCUCUGUCGCUUUGUGUUAGGCGGCUCCUCUGGCGUCGGCUGCCCACUCUUGCGCUUCGCGGUUUGGGUGGUUGUUGAAGUCGUUGCCCUUUCGCAACCCCGCCUCGCGGCCUGAGUUGCGUUAACCGGGCGUUGGCUUCGAUCUCCGCUGCUCCGUUUGUUUCUAGACGCGGUAUUGCCACCCUUCCGCUUCUCCGAGGCAGGGGAGGCACUGUUUCCUCUCACCCUGUUAUGCGCCAACUUUUCUGCUUCCUCCAAAAUUCUUCCGUUUUUGAGGUGCCUCAGGUACCGUUUGAGGCUGGCACCGCUCAUGCCUCUUCUCCUGGGAUCAUCCUGGCCGCCAGGACUCCCAGCUGGUGGUAGAGGGGCUAGUCUGCCUCCCCUCUUCCGUUUAUUUUUGCGAGCUCCCUCGGUCGAUACCCUUUGUGACUAACCCGAAUCCGAGCAGUUAAUCCUGCUCGAGGGAGCCUCGAUGGGGUUCGCUUAAUCAGCACCGGUCGCAGUCACUCUCCUGCUGAGCGCCGCUGCACGAGGGCAUGUCGUCGUCAUCAUCUCUCGCAUGCUCCUCGAACAGCGCUCGCUUUUCUGGCGAAAGAGCGGAAGAGGAAGCUGAACUUUCGUUUAGUCCCUGAGUCCCCCUUUCCUGCGCUGGUGCUUGUCUUGUCACCGUUUUUGUUGCCUUGAUUCGUUGGUUGUUAUUGUUGUUGUUGUUUUAGGUUGUUGUUGUGUUAGGUUGUUUCAUCUUGUUCGUACGACUUAAGGCUCGACAAGGCACGCUGUAGGGUCAGCAUUUGUUCAGGGGAACACAAAGUCCGCCGCGCCAGAGGCCCAUGACGCGGUAAGGCCACCGUUAAUUCCCAAUGCGGCCCGGUGUUGGGAAGACUACGUUUGACUACAGCGGAAUUUACCUCCUGGCUGCAAAUCAUCCAAUCGGCACGGGAGUGGCAUAACACCCUGAAUUAGGAGGUGGUAGCUCUUUGUUGUCGCACGCUUCCAUCUUCGGUGUGAGAGGUGCUAGCCUGUGAUGCACACUUAUGGAAUGUACUUGAGUGAUAUGCGCCGGGGGCAAGGAUAGGGAGUAUAGAAUAGUGAGUUCAAACCGGUGCAGUAUUAUUUUGUUAUUUCACCCCCUCCACGGGUACUGCAGCAGCAACAACCUGUACACUAUCGACCGAAGGGUACUACCUACCUAGAACAAUAACCACCUACCUGCUCCGACAACAGUCGGGUCUACAUAACUGGAACCGAGCCGGCUUUUUGUCCGGCCGAGUUCUGUCAACUCAGCAGAAUUCUGCCGCUGUAACAACAGCAACAACAACCUAGAAUGUCUAGGCAAAGCUAUCUGGUCAAACGAUGUCGAGCUCGAAAGAUUUGAUAUAUAUCUGUCGCUACAACAACAGCAACAACAACCUAGAAUGUCGAGGCAAAGCUAUCUGGUCAAACGAUGUCGAGCUCGGAAUAUUCGAUAUAUACAAUACAUCCCCUCAGGUACAUGUUGCCCAACAGGAUAUCAAUCGAACAUAGGUGCGCUGCUUCGUGGUGAAAACCUUUUGGUGCUAGGGUGCGCACCAUGAUCUUUGGCACUCCUUCCUGUCAAACCUUCGUAGGGAAAGGGAGCUGGCGGAACCGAAUGACGAUUCGAUUCGAAUGACCAGAAUUAUGGGCACCUGUAAUAGCUCGCCUGAUAUUACCAUCGCUAGCAGUGAUCUGAUAAAUAGCAUAACCUGGCGACCUAUGCUAAGACUCGCAUCAGAACAUUUGCCUAUAAUUAUCUUGAUCGAAAAACCUACAGACUUUAUUUCUGUGGACAACCGCACCUUCAUUAACUUUAACAUAGCUAACUGGGUCGGCUUCACAGAAUUUACUGAGAGCACCUUCAACGCACUACCCAUUCAUACGGACGUCAUCGCGGGCGAGCGUCAUUUUCGCAAGGUGAUCGCUGCUGCUACUGCUCGCUUCAUACCGGCUGGAAGAAUCGCGGAACUCCGCCUUAAUUUCCCAGCCGAAGCAGCUCUACUAGCAAACGAGCGUGACACCUUACGCCAUACCGAUCACUGUGAUCCCGGAAUAAGGGAUCUCAAUUUAGAGAUUCGGCAAAUGGUAAACCAUCAUAAGCGGACAAAAUGGAUAGAGCACCUGAAGUCCUGCAACUUCUUCACUGGUGUAAGUAAGUUUUGGACAACUGUCAAGGCCCUGUCUAAUCCGAGGAAACAUGACGACCGGGCUGAAAUUCAAUUCGAUGGCCAUGCCUCCUCGGACCCGAAGAAGUGCGCGAGCUAUUUUAGCCGGCAAUUUACACUGCACUCUUCGGCAGACAAGACCAAACGAUGUGUUACCCGACUCCUGCACAAAAUGCCAAAAGACCGCGCACCACUAACUUUCACCGGUGGCUGUCCAGAGUGCCAUCAACAAGGCCAAAUCGUCCAAAUCCAUUGGCCCUGACGGAAUAAGCAUGCUAAUGCUAAAACACCUAGGCUCGACGACAGUAAGCUAUCUCACCAGAGUCCUCAACGUGUCGAUGACCACUCUUCAAAUAUCCGAUGUGUGGAAAGUCGGAAGAGUGGUCCCAUUACUGAAACCUGGGAAACCCGCCAACGAAGGGGAGUCUUAUCGCCCGAUAAAUUUCCUUUACCCAGUAGUGAGGACACUUGAGGCUUUGCUACUCCCGACAUUCACUCACCACCUGAGUCUAGCGGACCAUCAGCAUGGCUUUCACAAAGUGCACAGCAAAGCUGUCGGGCAAUGGAAUCGAUGGCAUGUGUUCGAAAGUAAACAGUUAUCUCUCCGGCCUUCUCCCUUCUUCUCUGCAAGGAGUCUGACACUCUCCCUCACUAAAUCCACAGCAACCAUUUUACAGACUGGAUCUGAACAUUUCAGUCGAUGGCACAAAAAUUCCGACAGUCAAUAACCCUAAAAUUUUAGGCG